CAACCAGCAAUGCAUUAAUUAGUGAGCAGAUGCUGCUACUAUUGGAGAAAUCCAGGCUAGCUGCUUCCCGUCUUUAUGCUAAACUAAGAUAACCACCUGCCAGCAGUUUAUUUUAAGUUGAAGUAAUGUAAUGUCAAUCCUCUCAUCUAAUCCAACCACCAGAAGGAAAAAACUGUUCCUUUUGAUCAAUGUUGUUAGUGUAAAGUUCUUCUCUCUCUCUCCCGUGGUAACGUAUAAUCACUGUUCUUUUACAUUCUACAAAAUAAUCUCGACAGUUCCCCACAGUGAAGCUCUCUGUUCAUCUCACACUUGACAGCUGCUUGAAAGGCUGUUAUCUCUGAUCUAAUGUUAAACCCCCCGACACACCUUCUCAUGUGCACACAGAGAAGUCGCAGCAUGACAAAGUGCGUAUGAGCUCGGCUCCCUUGAACCUUUCCAUCACAGGAUUCCAGGAUCUUUCCCAAAGGAUUUAACAGAUCAAAAAAAAAACGGCUGCCAUUUGACCCCCACCCCCUGCUGCCCUGCCAACGGCGGGCCGAUAGUUAUCUGACACUCGUAUUCCCGUUGUCCCAGAGAUCCAGCGCCGAGGGCGAUUUGAAUAAAGACGGGCUCAGUGUGACAGCCGUGUGUGUUUAAGAUGGAAAAGCUCUGGCACGGCGACCCUCUAGAUCAGCUGAGAGACGAGGGCUGUCAACAAGGCCUCAGAGACACCAUUCCACACAUUCUGGGACGCUGUGUGUGGAGACGCGCAGGCAGCAACGCCGCUCUUUAUUUCGAGGGAAGUCUGGGGGCAGUGUCAUGGUUUUUGAAGGUGAAUGUUGAGAAAAAAAUGUAGGAAAAUUGUGUGUUUGAAAACUCCAGUGAAGCCACCUAAUUAAGGUGCUCGAGAGAUUGGGUUUUUUUUGCCAUCAGACCAAGAACAUGUCUUUUGAAUCAAACCACCCUGAGUAUUCAUUAUCCUGGACACUCGAUAAAAUCAUGUGUGUUGUGAAAACAAAGAAAUUGCAGCAUAGCUUUAUUCCUUGCUGCCGCGGGCUCUGCUUGGUCACAAAGCAAAUGCCUUUUGGAAAUCAUCAAACACACACAAAGUAGAGAAGACUAUUUAUGUUCAUUAUUUAUGAGACCGUUUUAAAAAAGAAAAAUGGAGCAGAGUUUGGUAAUGGUAUGAAAGAGGGCAGCCAGCUGUUGUUUUGUAGACUAAGCUGAGCGCUGAUAAGACGACGAAGGGUUCCCACUUGCCAGCGUUCAGCCUGCCUCUGUAAUUACUGAGAUGGCUGAGGACAGGUGAGGGCUUCAUUACACAACACGGCCGAGUAUAAUCACACACAAAUGAUUCGUGCUCACACACGCAUACAGAACAUGCAUGCUGAAGCACACACUCCCACCCGAAGGGCCUGUAGACAGAGUAAUUAAUAUGGCUAUAUAGAGGAAUUCAACAUUAUACUAACCAUGGGAAGUACAAACAGAAAUCUGACUGGACUGAGUAACAAAGAUUUUCUUUCCUUAUUUUGAUAGUCGGCAGCCCACAUUACAGAAUGGCACAAACCCAGAGGUAAAUAUAGAGUCACCACUUUGGCCAGUAUAGGCCAACACACUGGACUGGACGUUGUUACUGGUGUAACACAGCCAGAUGGUGUUACUGCGUUAUUAUAUCAACAUAUCUGCUCUGAAAAGGGCUUCAAAUGAGCCAGGAAUGCGAUUGAAUCAUCAGAAAGCACCGGGCACUGGGACUCUGCUUUCCUGGGAAGAGAUUCGUCGGGAACCUUCAGUCUUUGAUGAUCGUUGCACCCGGACAACAUUAAGGGGACGGACCAUGGACGCCGGUACGGGAAACAGCGUGGGAGCUGUCAGAAGGAGCAAAGAGGACAGAAAAGUUCUCCGUAAACAGCUAAAAGCCAGUCACACUUUGCUAAAACACGAAGGCAUCAGGACAACACCGCAGCCUACCAAGACUUUGGUGGUGGCAAACGGCGGCCUGGGGAACGGAGUCAGUCGGGAGGAGCUGUCUGCAGCGCUGGGAGAGAUGGGAGAGCUGGAGACACUGAUCAUGCAUCCUCACAAGCCCUACGCCUUUGUCACAUACAGGUCUGAGGAGAGUGCUCGGAAAGCCCACGUCCGCCUCAACGGGGAAAAGCUUGAAUGCAGAGAGAGCAGCGUCACGCUCUACCUCAGUUAUGUCAACUCAGUAACCUGUGAAGAGGAAGUAUCUGUGCCUUUGCCUGAUGGAUUAGUCUUGGUGGAGGAUUUUGUGUCUCAGGAGGAAGAGGCUGUGCUGCUCGCUGCUAUAGACUGGUCGUCUACUAAUGAUGAUUUCACGGCAAAAAAAGCCCUGAAACACAGAAAAGUCAAACAUUAUGGCUUUGAAUUUCGCUAUGACAACAACAACGUGGACAAGGACAAGCCUUUAGCUGCAGGUAUUCCUCAGGAGUGUCUACCUUUCCUUGAGCGGUGUGUGAAGAACAAACACAUCGACAUCCUGCCGGACCAGCUGACUGUCAACCAGUACGAGUCUGGACAGGGCAUUCCCCCUCACGUGGACACUCACUCUGCUUUUGAGGACACCAUCCUGUCGCUGAGCCUGGGAGCAAUGACGGUGAUGGAGUUCCGUCAUCCAGACGGUCGUCUUGUUGCCGUGGUGUUGCCGGGGCGGAGCCUCCUGGUGAUGAAGGGGGAGAGCAGAUACCUCUGGACACACGGGAUAACUGCGCGGAAGUUUGACACGGUGCCGGCCCGCGGCCCACAAUCCCCUGCUCGCACUGCGCCUGACCUCAGUGCGUGCAGCAAUCUAACGCUGAGCAAGAGGGACACCCGCACGUCCCUCACAUUCCGCAAGAUCAGACACGAACCCUGCGGCUGUGCCUUCCCCUCUGCCUGUGACAGCCAGGUAGCUCCUCUAGCUCCCCCACCGCCGUCUCCUCCCUCACUGCCCUGUUGCCAUGCCGACGCAGCCCUUCUGGAGGAGGAGUACGUGCACCGGGUGUAUGACGCCAUCGCCUCACACUUCAGCAGCACUCGCCACUCCCCUUGGCCCCGCGUUUGCCACUUCCUGUCCACGCUCCCCGCUGGCGCUGUGCUGGCUGACGUGGGCUGCGGAAACGGGAAAUACCUGGGGGUCAACCCGGAGGUGAUGGCGGUCGGCUGUGACCGUAGCAGUGCUCUUGUCCACAUCUGUGCACAGAGGGGUUUCCAGGCGUUUGUAUCUGAUGCUCUCCGUGUCCCUUUGCGAACGGCCUCGUGCGAUGCCUGCAUCUCGAUAGCAGUCAUACACCACUUCUCGACACAGGAGCGUCGCCGGGCUGCAGUGAGGGAGCUGGUGAGACUUUUGAAGCCGGGGGGUCGAGCGCUCAUCUACGUUUGGGCUUUUGAACAAGAGUACAAGAAGCAGAGAUCCAAGUACCUCAAAGAGCAUCCUGAGAAGCACAGCCCCACUGAAGACGCACAAACGGGAAGCAGCCAGGAAGCUCACGGGGAAUCAAGCAUCCAUACCAGCAGACGUUUAGAAGACCUGCAGGAUGCGACUGAGAGCAAACUCAGUGUGCACACCAACCGGACAGCAUUCAACACCCAGGACCUUUUGGUUCCCUGGCAUCUGAAAGAAGGGAAAAAACAAGUGGAUGAAGAGUCGAGAGAGGGUGAAAGGAAGGAUGAAACGAAAGAGAAAUCCCAAAAGACUAACACAGGCUUUGGAUCGGGGCUGGACACCAGCGCUAAACCCAGUGCAAGCGGCGACACUACUCCGACCUGCGGUUCCGCUCUGAAGUCUGAGUCUGAGAUCAGUGCCGCGCCAGUUUUUCACCGCUAUUACCACGUGUUCCAGCAGGGGGAGCUGGAGCAGCUGUGUGGUCAGGAGGCCGGAGUCACCCUGCAGAGCAGUUACCACGAUCAGGGGAACUGGUGUGUUAUUUUAGAGAAGGCCUUGGGGACAGACUUAUGAUUUGUGAUAAUUUAGAGACAAAUGAAUGUUCAAACAAGAGUUUUAAUGGAAUGUUAACAGCAUAAAACUGAAAUAAAACUUAUUUUUUCCAUUA